UACAAAUACAUCUUAAAGGUGCUAAUGUAACAUUUUCAUCCAGUCAAAUGUUAUGUUGGUUGUAUUUUUUUGUGAUGUUUGUGUAAAGUUAAAAAAGAAACAGGAAGUGUAUCGGGACCAGUAUGUUUACAUCUGACGAAAUGGUCUAUAACCGAACUCACACCCGUAAAUAUUCAACCGCAUUCUCGGAACACACGCGUUGUGUGAACGGAACAAGACUGGACAACUAGUUGUCCAUCACGUCAUUCAGUGCGGGAGAGCCGCUCUGCCACACGAACGCGCGUCUACCGUGUGCUACAUGCUUUCAUUUGUGGUUUCGGUAAUUCACAGCGACGGAGAAAUGACCUGUGUGUCAUCCGAAAGUUUUACAUCCAGUCUCCACCGGAGCCGCUGGCGUUAAUUUUGUGUUCCGCGCGCGACUCAAAUGCUCCGCUCUCCACCAUAUAAAAGCUUUUGUCGGUUAAUGACAGUUUGAUGGAUGAACUCAGCUGGACUCUUGUCGUGUCAGAAAGUGAUAAGGCUUUCAGUUCUAUGGACGUCGCCAUCUUUGAUAUUACUUUUAUCACUGUCGCUAUGGUUACUAAUAAGAAGGACCAGAGAUGUUCUGAAUGAAAGGAGGAACUGGCAGCCUUUCGAUAACAAUGCUGGAGAACUUGAGCGGAGCCCACAUUGAUCGACCCGCCCCUAGAUCAUCCGCGUUCAGCUUCUCUGCCCUGUUUGCUCUGCCACACCACCUUCACAUGGAUGGGAGCAGUCAUCCAUUCAGGAGGACUCUGUACCGGUUGAAGUUGGUAAGUUCUCCAAAUCUGAGUCAGCUGGGCAAAAAUGAAAAAGCUUCACUGGAGGAGAGAGGAUCAGGUCCUAAUGCCACAUGGAACAGCAUUCACAAUGCAGUUAUUGCUGUAUUCCAAAAGAAAGGACUGGCAGACAACGAACUCUAUACGCUCAAUGAAGGCGUAAGGCAGCUAUUGAAAACUGAACUGGGCUCGUUCUUUACAGAAUACCUCCAGAAUCAGCUUUUAACUAAAGGCAUGGUCAUUUUACGGGACAAAAUAAGAUUUUAUGAAGGUCAGAAGUUACUGGACUCUUUGGCUGAGACAUGGGACUUUUUCUUUUGUGAUGUUCUUACUAUGCUUCAAGCCAUCUUCCACCCCGUCCAGGGGAAAGAGCCGUCUGUGCGUCAGCUGGCCCUGCUGCACUUCCGAAACACCAUCACCCUUAACGUGAAGCUGGAGGAGGCUCUGUCCAGACCGCGAGCCCGUGUCCCUCCCUCCAUCGUCCAGAUGCUUUUGGUGCUACAGGGGGUUCAUGAAUCUAAAGGUGUGAGUGAAGAAUACCUGAAGCUGGAGUCUCUUAUUCAGAAGGUGGUGUCGCCGUAUCUGGGCACGCAGGGACUGUGUUCACAUGAGUGUGGCGCCUCUCAGUGCUCCUGUGUUAUCGAGAGGCGUUUGCAGUAUUGCUGGUCCAAAUCUGCAGACCUGCCCUCCACUAAUCCGGUAGUGCGCUCCAAGAGUUACAACAUCCCCAUGCUGACCCCCGUGGCCGAGUACGACUCCGAGGUGAGCUCUGUGGGCAGCGUCGGCAUCCGGCGUCACUCUGCAUGUGAUGUCACUUCCUGCAUAGAGCCCCAGGGCUAUUCGGCCCUGUCUGUGGGAAUAGAGACCAGCUCGACCCCCAGACUCUCACUGGAUCACGACCUCACCCUGUCCGGUGUGAUGCGAGGGGCCACGGGACAGCCCGCUCUGAUUUCUCCGCCCGUCUUCAUCCACACCUCCGCAGGGUGUCUGCACGCAGCGGACGCCCCGAUGGCUUCGUCUGAGGCGGACAAGGCCCAUUCGUCUCCCCCGAGCUGCUCCUCCAGUCCAGAGACGAUUGUAAUGCAGGGCCUGGACUCACUGGAAUCAGAUCCUGAUGGAAUCUUCAUCGACUUUUCCCACUGCCGCUCCGAUUCUUUUGGAACGAGUAGGAAAACUAGCUGAUGUGAGGAAUGCAUUUCAAAUGUUUAUGAGUAUAAACUACCACUAUUUUCUGUGAACUUGUGAAGUAGCUAUGUACGUUGUGAUUUUGAAAACUGGAAUCUCAUUCCUGCUUUGCGCAAAAGCCAAGGCUGCUUUGUGGGAAAAAAUGGGAGAAGACUCGAUUUAAAGUGAUUGUUUUCAUAAUGUUCUAAACCUGUGGAUGAAUUUUUGAAUUUUUCUAGUUUUUCAUAGACAAUAGACAUGGAAUGUCUCCAUUUUAAUUAUUACACAUUUUACUGUCUCUCAUUUAUGGAAGCUUAUUUCCGCCACGGAAUAAAUCUUACGAUUUUGAGUUUGGAUCUCACAAUUCAGACUUUUUUCCCAGUACUGUGAGAUAUAAACUCAGAAUUGCUCGCUGUUAAUUCACAAUUGCAGGAGAAAAGUUGAAAUUACAUUUGUUUUUUGUUGUUUUGUUUUGUUUUUUUGGCCACAAAAAACACCCAAAAAACCUGGAAUUGUGAGAGAUAUCAGAAAAAAGUCAGAAUUCUUAAAAAAAAAAAAAAAAGUUUAAAACUCUCAAUUCUGAGGAAAAAAGUUAGUUGCGAGUUUAUAAUUUGAAAUUGUGAGAUAUCAAAAAAAAGUCAGAAUUCUAAAAAAGGUUUAAAACUCACAGUUCUGUGGGAAAAAGCUCUGUUGUUUUGUUUUGUUUUGUUUGGUGGCCAAAAAAAAAAACGGAAUUGUGAGAUAUCCGGAAAAAAAAAAGUCAGUUGCACGAUAUAACCCGCAAUUACGAGUUUAGAAUUUGAAAUGAUGAGAUAUAAACUCGCCCCCAAAGCAAUUACAAUAUAUUCGAGAAAAAAAAAACGUUAAAAUUCUAAAAAAGUUUAAAACUCACAAUUCUGAGAAAAAAGGCAGUUUUGAGUUGUAACUCGCAAUUAUGAGUCUAUAAUUUCAAGUUGUGAAUUCACAGCAAGUAAAAGAAAAAUAUCCCAAUUACCUUUGUUUUGUGUUGUUUUGUUUUGUGGCCAAAAAGUUGUGAGAUAUCAAAAAUAAAGUUUAUAAUUUAAAAUUGUGAGAUAUAAACUUAGAAUUGCUCACUGUUAAUUCACAAUUGCAAGAAAAAUGUCAUAGUUAAAAUUUUUUUUUUUUUUUUUUUUUUUUUUUCAUGGCAAAAAAAGAAAUUGUGGGAUAUCCAACAAAAAGUCAAAAUUAUUUAAAAAAAAUAGUUAAAAUCACACAGUUCUGAGAAAAAAGUCUGUUGUGAGUUGUAACUCACAGUUACGAGUUUAAAAUUUUAAAUUCAGAAUUGCUUGCUGUUUAUUCACAGUUGCUAGAAAAGAAGUCGCAAUUACUGUUUUGUUUGUUCUGUUUGUUUGUUUUUUUUGUGGCCAAAAAAAAUGGAAUUGUAAAAUUUUAGAAAAAAUGGCAAAAAAAAAAAAAAAAAAAUGAAAUUGUGGGACAUCAGAAAAAAAGUCUGAAAUUAAAAUAUUCGAAAAAAAACGUUAAAAUUCUAAAAAAGUUUAAAACUCACAAUUCUGAGGAAAAAAAGCCAGUUAUGAGAUGUAAUAUGCAAUUACGAGAUUAUAGUUUGAAACUAUGAGAAAUAAACUCAGAAUUGCUCACUGUUAAUUCAAGAAAAGUUGCAGUUACUGUUUUGUUUAUUCUGUUUUUUUUUUUCUUGUGGCCAAAAAAGUAGAAUUGUAAAAUUUUAGAAAAAAUGGACAAAAAAAAUUGUGAGAUUUCAAAAAAAAGUCAAAAUUCUAAAAAAAAAAAAAAAAAAAAAAAAAAAGAAAA